CAGCCGGAGAGUCGCGCCCCAUCUCCCCUCGUUUAGGCCCAGCCGCAGGAUCUGGGCCACUGCCUUUUGGCCUUUUUGCUGCACUUCCAAAGAGAGGGACCGUGUGUCAAGUGGAGCGCUGACAUCCCACCUGAGCGCUUUUGACAAGGUUACAGUUCUGAAACCCCCAGAGAGCGCACUCCGUGAAGCUGAUGUCUUCUUAAAUCAGCAGUGGUGUUGCGAUCGCUGUAGCUUCAGGAUUUCCGAGGCCUAUUUUUAGCCCCUUCCUUUUCUUGGUGCACAUCCGCAGGCAGGCCUGUCUACCUGUGGGGCCCUGAUCCCCCACUGCGAUGCACCGUGCUCUUGGAGGGUGCCCUGAGGUUUCCAUACUGAACUGCACUAAUGCGGGAAUGACAACAAGUGCCCACACUUAUGGAAACCCUGAGAUGGCCCCAGAAAAGCCUGCCAUUGCUCCGCCCGUCUUUGUGUUUCAGAAGGAUAAAGGACAAAAGUCCUCUGCAGAGCAAAAAGGCUUGUCGGAUUCGGGAGAGGAGCCUCGGGGGGAGGCUGUGGCCCCCCACCAUGGCAUGGGUCACCCCGAGGCAGCUGGGGAGCAUACCCUAGAGCCUCCCACCCCCACUAAUGCUUCAGCCAGCACUCCUUCGCGUCCCGCUCCUGAAGCCCAGCUUCUUCCUUUUCCGCGAGAACUGGCAGGGAGGUCAGCUGGCGGCUCCAGUCCGGAAGGUGGAGAAGAUUCAGACCGAGAAGAUGGGAAUUACUGCCCUCCUGUCAAGCGAGAAAGAACAUCGUCUUUAACCCACUUCCCACCUUCACAGUCAGUAUCAAAAAACAAUGUUUUUAUGCCGUCAACCUUCUGCGAGUCAUCUGCAGGCAAUUCUGACUCAGAACCAGAGGAAAAGAGCAGUGGGUUCCGGUUGAAGCCACCAACGCUCAUCCAUGGCCAGGCACCCAGUGCAGGUCUGCCGAGCCAGAAGCCCAAGGAGCAGCAGCGCAGCGUGCUCCGCCCAGCAGUGUUACAGGCCCCCCAGCCGAAGGCCCUCUCACAGACUGUCCCAAGCAGCGGCACCAACGGGGUCAGCAUCCCAGCAGACUGCACCGGGGCCGCGUCGUCGUCAUCACCUGACAACCCCGGCCAGAGGAGCCCCUCGGAACCUGCUGACGAGACCCAGGCACCUGAGGAGAAAGAGCCCCAGAAAAAUGAGUCUAGCAGUACAUCUGAGGAGGAAAACUGUGAGAAAAAAGAACAAGUUGCACAGCAAGCAUUUGUGUUUGGGCAAAACUUGAGGGACAGAGUGAAGUUAAUAAAUGAGAACAGUGACAUGACUGACAUGGAGAACGCCGGACACCCCAGCUCCGAAACGCCAACCGCGACAAACUAUUUCCUUCAGUAUAUCAGUUGCAGUUCAGAGAACUCGGCCAGCAGUGCCCACGCCUCCAGCAACAAGUUCGUGUUUGGCCAGAAUAUGAGCGAGCGUGUUUUGAGCCCCCCAAAGUUAACUGAGGUCAGUUCAGAUGCCAGCAGGGAAACCGCGGCUGCCGAGUCGGGGUCUGAGUCCGCUUCCCAGGAGGCCACCCCUGAGAAAGCUGAUGACAUUUCAGAGUCCCUGGUCGAGUCGGCAGCUGCCUACACCAAGGCAACCGCGCGGAAGUGUUUGUUGGAGAAAGUGGAGGUCAUCACCGGGGAGGAGGCGGAGAGCAACGUGUUACAGAUUCAGUGCAAGCUGUUUGUCUUUGACAAGACCUCGCAGUCGUGGGUAGAGAGAGGCCGUGGGCUGCUCAGACUCAACGACAUGGCCUCAACAGACGACGGGACGUUGCAGUCUCGCCUGGUGAUGCGGACCCAGGGCAGCCUGCGGCUGAUCCUGAACACCAAGCUGUGGGCCCAGAUGCAGAUCGACAAGGCCAGCGAGAAGAGCGUGCGCAUCACGGCCACGGACGCCGAGGGCCAGGGCGUCAAAGUCUUCCUUGUCUCGGCCAGCUCCAAGGACACGGGCCAGCUGUACGCAGCGCUGCACCACCGCAUCCUGGCCCUGCGUAGCCGCGUGGAGCAAGAGCAGGAGGCCAAGGAACCCGCCCCGGAGCCGGGGGUGGCCCCGUCCAACGAGGAGGACGACAGCGACGAUGAUGAUGACGUGUUGGCUCCCUCGGGGGCCACUGGAGGCGGCGCUGGUGACGAAGGGGACGGGCAGACAACCGGGAGCACAUAGCGGCUGGGCGCCCGGCUGCACGUGAGGCUGCUGCUUUGUCCGUCUGUCCGCCCGCCCACCCGCCCCUCCCCGCAGGCAGCGUCGAGGCGCGGGACUCGGGAAGCGCCACCCGCCGGGUCCGCCGCGCUCUGGGCCCGCACGUCCUGUUCACACGCAGACUCGGGGGCUGCCUGGAUGUGGUCUGGGACAUGAGACCUCAUCAUAUUGAUGAGAAAACGAAAAAGAACAUUUCUUCUCUCCCCUCCUUUGAAUUGAAAUGGCACAUUAAGACUUGUCACGGCUUCUCACUGGGGCUGGGGGACCUCGUUUCUUCAGCCCCUCGUGUCGCGGGCCUCUCCCCACCACCUCCACUGGGCGAGCAGGCACGGCCCGGCCAGGGCACAGGGGGGCAGGGCGUGGGGGACCCCGGGUGGGGGUGGGUGGGCCAGGCCGUGUGCAGAUCACGCCACCCCUCCCGGUGGGCUCAGCAGGCCUGGGUCCCCCACCCCAGCACACAGACGCGUAAACACUGGGCCUGCUGGGCAUUGAACUACUCUCUAUCUCCCCUUUCCCCUUCUCAUUUGGGGUUUACAUUUUGCAGAUCUUUUUUUUUAUUUUCAAAGGGUCUGUUUUCGUUUUCUUACAUUUCCUCAGAUGCUCUCGUGUGCUGAGCAGGUGCAGCUCCAUCGCACUCCUCGUGGCCCUGGCCUUGGGGCUGGGGCCUUGUUGGGGGGCUGAGAGGGCACUUGGCUGCUCUAGGGGGACCCCUAUUCGUUUCCCACCCUGGGUUCUUCCAGGCCGGGUUGUGGGAUGUUGAGGGGCUGGGCCCUGUUGCCUCGUUCUGGACAGAGUGUCCAAAAGGCCUCUGGACUGGGGGGUCCCUGCCCAUCUGCCACCCUCCAUCCUGGCCCCCCCGCCGUGCCUGCCUGUCCCCAGGCCCCCAGGUGCACGCCUGCCUCCCGCUGUGGGGCUGGGGGCCCUGGGAGAGGAGGGGACCCCUGCAGGCCUCUCUGUGGGGUGUGGGUCGGGGCUGGUCCCAGGCAGCAGGUUGCACCCACACCCCCGGAGGAUGGAGAGGAGGCCUCCCCUCGGCCGGACCCCACCUCGUGGGUGCCCUCGUGCGUCUCCACAGCCAGGGGCUCCCAGCCCCUCACGCCUGAGCACUGAGAAGACACUAGAAGAGGCCCCACCACGAGACCCAGCCACAACUCUGCUUUAAGCCUUAGCCGACUAGUGACAAGUAAAACCAGAUAGCGCCCAUGUGUUUUGGAACAUUUAUGUAAGAUUGUCAUAUGAAAUGUAUUUGGGAACUACAUUAAAACUUUUAACUAAAA